AUGGGAAAAAAGCGGUCCUGCUUAUCACGUUUCUCAAUUGUCACCUGGGUUCUCUUUUCUUUUAAGGAAAAAGAGGUCUUCAUAACAACGUUGACAACUUGUGUUCUGAGAAUCACCAGCGGUCGGCCAGGUCACCUCAAACAACUCAACAAAGUGCUUGCGCUUUCGGAUCUGAUACACUUCUCCACUCCGCCACUCCCCUCUGCCAAAAUUCCGGGAUGGCUGAACAAAAGAAAAAGCAACCAGUUUUUACUAAGGUUGAGCAGCUCCGCCCAAUGGCAAAUGGGCUUAAUCUGACUGUAAAGGUUGUAAAUACAAAGUUGAUAGUUCAGAGGGGUGCUCAGGCGCGCCAAAUGCGGCUUGCUGAAUGCUUGGUUGGUGAUGAGACUGGAAUGAUUAUCUUCACUGCUCGGAAUGAUCAAGUUGAUUUGAUGAAGGAGGGUACCACCGUUAUCCUGAGAAAUGCAAAAAUCGACAUGUUCAAGGGAUCACUGAGGCUUGCGGUGGACAAGUGGGGAAGGGUUGAAGUCACUGAACCUGCCGAUUUUUCUGUUAAAGAAGACAAUAACAUCUCUCUGAUCGAGUUUGAGCUAGUGAAUGUUGUCGAAGAGUAAAUUCCAGCAUGGGAAAGGCUCUUGUGCAAUAGAAGAGCAAAAAUGGUAGUAGCAUAUAUACUACCAUGCUGCAUCAGUAUUAAGGAAAGUAUUGGUUGUAUCCAAGCAAGCUGUCUUCUUCAGCUGAGCAUGCUGCUCGAUGGAACUUGGGAAUAUUGGUAAUCCUGUAGUUAGCCUGUAAGAACUUGCUUUUAUGAGCUUCCUUUCUGGUAAGUAUUCGCUUGUGUUAUGACCAAUGUGUCAAAAUUUGGGUCUUGCUAACCUCUUACUAUAAAUUUAUUGCUUAGCCGUGUGCUUCCUUUCUUUUC